AUUAUGCUGGCAAAUAGUAACCGCCGGCUAAAUUCAUGCACCGCCGGCUCUUCGUCGGCGGCCUAUCAAGUUCCUCUCCGGCGUCUACCUCGUUCCGCCGUUCAAAUCCGUAUACUUCAUCGGGAUGUAGUAAAUCGGCGGUUGCGAUUCUCCCUGCAAUCAGUGAGGCGAGGGGCGGAGGUGAUCCCGGUGGCUGAUUGCUGCGGCAGUAGGGAGAGAAGAGGAGGAGCGAUGUGGAUGGCCGCCGCUGUUGGGGAUUGUACAUCGGUGAGCGAUCUGGAGGAGGAGAAUCGAGGAGGCGAUGCGACGGCGGAGGAUGAGAAUGAUGACGAGGCGUUGGGAAGUUCAAGUGAGUCCGCAGAAGUAGGGAGGGAUCAGACGACUGAAGUGAUGAUUGCAGCUGUUGUAACAAUAGUGCUAGGUGUAGGUAAUCGGGUCCUGUAUAAAUUAGCAUUGGUUCCUUUGAAGCAGUAUCCCUUUUUCUUGGCUCAACUUGCUACCUUCGGAUAUGUCCUUGUAUACUUCUCUAUCUUGUAUCUUCGCUAUAAGGCUGGCAUUGUCACUAAUGAAAUGCUUUCCUUGCCAAAAGCUCCAUAUGUUGCUGUUGGUCUAUUUGAAGCUCUUGCUGCUGCUUCUGGAAUGGCAGCUGGAGCCAUGCUUCCCGGUGCAGCAAUCACUGUCUUGUCUCAGAGCUUUCUAGUUUGGCAACUUCUCCUGUCAUAUUUGUUCCUUGGGAGAAGAUAUCGAUUCAAUCAGUUGUUAGGAUGCUUUCUGGUAGCUGCAGGCGUUAUUGUAACAGUAGCAAGUGGAUCUAGUGCAGGUUCUUUGAUCCAAGGUGGCACCUUUUGGAGUCUCUUGAUGAUAGUUUCUUUUUUGCUUCAAGCUGCUGAUACGGUGUUGAAGGAAGUAAUCUUCUUGAGUGCUGCUCGGCAACUUAAAGGAGGAUCAGUGGAUCUAUUUGUUGUGAAUUCCCAUGGAUCUGCUUUUCAGGCACUUUUUAUAUGCCUCCUCCUACCACUUUUAUCAAAUCUGUGGGGAAUCCCAUUUAGUCAAUUACCAAGCUAUCUUAAAGCUGGCGCAGGCUGCUUUCUCAAUAAUGGCGUUGCAAAUGGAUGUAAUGGUGCUCCUCUUCUGCCUUUGCUAUUUGUCGUUGUAAACAUGGGUUUCAACAUAUCCUUGUUGCAUCUGCUCAAGAUCUCUUCAGCAGUGUAUUCUUGCCUUGCAUCCACCAUUUCAGUGCCGAUCUCGGUGUUCCUCUUUACACUGCCAUUGCCAUACUUGGGGGUUGGUUCUUCCCUACCGCCAGGAUUUCUGGCAGGUGCAUUAGUCCUUGUCUUGGGUAUGCUUAUAUAUACUUGGACACCUUCUUCAACCACUGGCGAUACUACUCUAUCAGAACCAUGUUGUACCUAGGACUAGGAGGAGCUUCAACCCAAUGAAGAUGUUUUCAAAGUUUUGGAAAAAUCUUCCCUUUUGGGAGGGAACUAGGGUUGGCCUUUGUGAUUUACAUCAUUCCUAAUAUUUUCCAUCAAAGAAGGUUUGGUGUGAUCCAUACAUAAGAUUCGGAGAAUCUGGAGCCAUACUUGAAUUUGAUCAAUUUGAGAAAGAUGGAAAGGAAUGAAAGAACUCGUUGAAUUGAAUUGUUCUUAAUGCGGAAAACAUCAAUGUUGCAGUUGAUAAUCUGGUUUCUAUCUCAAAUCCUAUAUACCUAAAUGCCUAAAAAUCAAUUGAAAUUGUACCAGUUUGAUAUUUGAAAACUCAUUAUAAAAUUUUAGUUCGAAUUAAAUAAUAAAGAGUAAAUAACUAGUCAAUUUUAUAGUAAUAAAAUGUGUCAAAUGAUUUAUUAA